AUCAGAAAAAAACAAAGCAAACGUCGCGACGGAGAGAGAGAGCGACGAUGGAGGAAGAGGAGCAUGAGGUUUACGGUGGAGAAAUUCCCGACGUCGGCGAGAUGGAUGGAGAUAUGGAGGCUCUCAAUCCCGAUUUGGAUAUGGCUGCCGCCGAUGAUGAUGCGGUUAAGGAGUUGGAUGAGAUGAAGAAACGAUUGAAGGAGAUGGAGGACGAAGCUGCUGCUCUACGUGAGAUGCAGGCUAAGGUCGAGAAGGAAAUGGGAGCCCAAGAUCCUGCUAGUAUUGCAGCAAAUCAAGCAGGCAAGGAAGAGGUUGAUGCUCGAUCAGUUUUUGUUGGCAAUGUUGAUUACGCUUGCACACCUGAAGAAGUUCAGCAGCAUUUCCAAACAUGCGGCACUGUCCAUCGGGUGACCAUUCUAACAGACAAAUUCGGGCAGCCAAAGGGAUUUGCUUAUGUAGAAUUUGUUGAAGUGGAAGCUGUACAAGAGGCUCUACAACUGAAUGAAUCAGAGCUACAUGGUCGUCAAUUAAAGGUCUUGCAGAAGAGAACAAACGUUCCUGGAUUGAAACAGUUUCGUGGUAGACGAUUCAACCCAUACAUGGGUUACCGGUUCCGCAGACCUUUCAUGCCUCCUUACAUGUAUUCCCCAUAUGGAUAUGGAAAAGCUCCUAGGUUCAGAAGGCCUAUGCGUUACAUGCCGUACCAAUAAAACCGUCAUGGUUAAGCAUAGAGCGGAUUCACUAUCCAGUGUGGAUGCGUGUAUGGGCUAUACCCAUCCUUCAUUGAGCUUUCUUUAUGACUCUUUCGCCUUUAAGAACUUUGUGCGUAAACAUUUUCGAACCUAGACUGGUAUUAUAAGUUUCAUAUCGUUUUGAUAUGAAUCAUAUGAUGAUUGGAUCAAGUGUUGCUUAUAUAAUGGGGACUGUUGGUUUAUAGCUGAAAUCUGUUAAAUGAAAAGUGUUGACUCUU